AGAUUAUGUACGUGUCCGUGUUCGAAUGAGACGUGUGGUCUAAGGAGAACGGCAGAUCAUUUUCUGAUGUUCUCGUCUUUAUUUUCUGGAGAUGAUUAUCGAUCGGUUGAGACAUUCCUUGGAAAUGUUGUAUGUGAAUCAGUAUGGAAAUGAGUGAUUCCGUUGAAGACUUCAGCGAAUCUGGAACGCUGAUUUUGCCGCAGCGACGUGGACGACGAUAUGCCACGGUUGAUGAAGCGAUAGAAGCUGCAGGAUGGUUCCACCAUCGUCUCCUGAUCCUAUGUGGAUUGAUGUGGGCUGCAGAUGCCAUCGAAAUCUUGUGCAUUGCUUAUGUUUUACCGGCAGCUGAAUGCGAAUUAAGUUUGACUUCGUCUGAUAAAGGAUGGCUCAAUGCGACUGUGUUCAUGGGUCUAAUGACUGGUGGCUGUGUGGGUGGAAUCGUCGGAGACUUCUUCGGUAGGAAGGGAGUCCUAUUCAUCAGUAUGAUUUCGAAUGGUCUUUUCGGAAUAGCUUCAUCCUUCAUGCCGAGUUUCUGGCCGUUUCUGUCCCUUCGUUUCCUCAGCGCUUGUGGAGUUGGAGCCGCAUUGCCAGUAAACAUGCCGUAUUUCGCUGAAUUUCAGCCCUCAAAGGUGCGAGGCCGGAUGGUGACUUUCCUGGCCUCCUUUUUCCUCGUCGGAAAUGUAAUAGCCGCCGCAUUCGCGUGGUCUGUGAUUCCGAGCUCAAUUGUGAUGUACCUCGGGACAUUCAAAUACGCACCUUGGCGGUUAUUCGUUGCGCUGUGUGGAAUACCAUCUGCUUUAGCUGGUUGCCUUGUGUUAUAUUUUCCCGAAAGCCCGAGAUAUUUGAUGACGGAAGGCAAAAACCGGGAAGCCUUAGAAAUUUUGAGAUACGUGUGGAGCGUGAACAAUCAGAGAAACCACGGAGGAUAUCUUAGGUUGAAUGAAAAUUUUCCUGUGGAUGAGAUAGUUGGAUCGAAAGAAGCUCGCGUGGAAAGAAAGUCUAUCGUGAAAACCACGUUGAAUCAUGUGAAGCAGCUGCUGUGUGGUUCGAUUAAGCGGAACUUCUGGAUCCUCUUCAGCAUCCAUUUCUCAAUAGCAUUUGGGUAUUAUGGCCUGAUGAUGUGGUUUCCGGAAAUUUUCAACCGGUUGCUGAAAUAUCGGUCUCUUCAUCCUACCGUUGACGAUGUCGGGAUUUGUGACGUUCGUUUACCUGAAGAAGAUGUCGCUCCUCCGACCUGUUCUCCACUUGAUCCCCUGGUUUACGCGAACCAAAUGUUGCUUGCGAUCGCGCCAUUUCCGACCAACGUCUGGAACAUUCUGCACAUGGACAAGCUUGGGCGGAAGUUCUUUCUAGUUGUGAGUAUGGUUGGAGCUGGUGCGAGUGUUUUUGCGGUUUGGCUGGUGAGAAGUCAGUUGGAGAACCUGUUGGUUUCCAUGGCCUUCAGUUCAGUGUCCAACAUGGGUUUCAAUUCCCUCAAUUGCCUCGCCACGGAACUGUUCCCUACCAAGUUGAGGUCGACGGCCAUGGCUCUGACAGCGGGGGCUUUGAGGAUCGGGGCAUUUCUGGGGAACAUCGCCUUUGGGUACUUCAUUGAUGCGUAUUGUGUUAUACCAAUGGUGGCUGUUGCGUGUUUGAUGAUGGACUCUGCCCCGGCCCUUUUGGAACCCGGGCGCCUGUGGUUGGUGUUGCUUCCGACUCUCCGCAGCUUGCCGCCACCGGAAUCGGACACAGGAACCUUCCUCAGACCUAUCGUUAAAAAACGAAGAACAAUUUUCUAA